UCCAAGUGUCUGAAUAAGCAUACAGCGGAAGGUGGUUGUUUAUAUAAUUUUAUAUUCAACAGAAAAUAUCUUCAUUUCUGCGCUGUCCAACGUCGGCGUAGACUCGUCGUACUACCGUCGACGAUGAGGGUUCCCAACCCGCCGGCGCUCUCCGACGAUCGGAGGUCGCAAUCCAGCAACCGGAAACCUACCAUCGGCCACCGAAAACCUGCGGUCGCCGCGGCGGCGCCACCGACGACCCCGGAACGGCGCGGCGCCGCCUCGCGGAGCCCCUCCGCCGCGCGCGGGACGAGGACGCCGCCACCGCCGACGCCGACGCCGACGCCGACGCCGACGCCGACGCCGAGCUCCGGGAAGAGCUGGAUCAAGUCCUUAUUCCGAGCCAUCAGAUGUCGCUCCGGCAACCCCGAGACCGGCGCCUACCCGGCGACGAAGCCCUCUCCAUCGGAAAGGGUGUUACGGUCUCCGUUGCCAACACCGCUGAGGGAUAAGAAUGGGAGUUCCCGUGGUGGUGGCAGCAUGGGGAGGAGGUCGGGUAAGGGGACAUAUAGCGGCGGCAGCUAUCACGGUUCGCCGAGGACCUCCUCAACUAUGAAAUUCACCCUGACGGAGAUCCAAAGGGCGACUAAGAACUUCUCUCCGGCCUUGAAGAUAGGGCGAGGCAUGUUUGGCACUGUUUAUAGAGGGACACUUGACGACGGCACGCUUGUUGCAGUUAAACGCGCCGAAAAGAGACUGGAUGAUACCCAGCUGGGUGUCGAGUUCCAAAGCGAGAUCAAGACUUUGGGGCGUGUAGAGCACUUCAAUUUGGUUAAGUUUUAUGGGUGUUUAGACUGUGAUGGUGAAAGGAUUGUUGUUAUUGAACAUGUACCUAAUGGAACUCUAAGAGAACAUUUAGAAGGUUUCUAUGGAAGCCAUCUUGACCUUACUGCGCGGCUAGAUAUCGCAAUUGAUGUGGCUCAUGCUGUCACAUAUCUUCACACGUAUACAGACCAUCCUAUAAUUCACAGAGACAUCAAAUCCUCUAACAUCCUUCUUACCGAAACUCUCCGAGCGAAAGUUGCUGAUUUUGGAUUUGCUCGAUUUGGUACUGGUGAUACCGGAGUAACACAUAUUUCGACCCAAGUUAGGGGGACUGCCGGUUACUUGGAUCCAGAGUAUCUUAAGACUUACCAGCUUACAGAGAAAAGUGAUGUAUAUUCCUUUGGUGUAUUACUGGUGGAGUUGGUUUCAGGGAGGCGUCCGAUAGAGACUAAGCGGGAACACAAAGAACGUAUAACAGCUAAGUGGGCAAUGAAGAAGUUCAUGGAAGGGAACGCUAUCGAAACAUUGGAUCCAAACCUCUCAGUGACUCCUGCAACCAAUCUGGCUUUGGAAAAGAUACUGGAACUCUCUCUACAAUGCCUUGCUCCGACAAGACAACAGCGGCCGAGCAUGAGAAGGUGCGCAGAAAUUCUAUGGAAUAUAAGGAAGGAUUACUGGGAGAUGUUGUCCUCUGACCCCAUCUCCAAAUCCUCCCAUCAUGGCAGGAAGUCUUCGACUACCCUGGAAAAGAUUUAAUUAACAAAUUAUCUGCCAAGUUUAUGCUACUCCUAUACUAUUGGGUUAAUUGCAUACACCUCCCUGUAAACAUCAUGAAGUAUAGAUAUAUCUCUACAAAGUCCAACUUUUUUAUGUUAUUUCUAUAAAAGUCCUAUAUUUUCAAAUAUGUUCCUGCCGCUAGAAUCCGUUAGAAAAUUUUAGUUAACCAUAGGUAAAAUACUUAAUCAUGAUUAGUCAAUGAGGUAAAUUGAUAUUUUUAUCUUUCUUAUAUUAUAAUUUCUUCUCUCAAUUGAAACUCUAGCAGUAAGAACUUUUCUUCUUUUUCCUCUUCCUCUUCCUCUUCCUCUUCCUCUUCCUUUUUCUCCUUCAUGUUAGUUUUGAAUCCGUAAUUAGAAUUUCUGUCCCCAUUCAUCCACAACACGUGUUGCAUUGUCCAUGUGGAACGCUUGUUGUUUUUCCAUUUAAUUUUUUGUAUGACUUUUUUUUGCUCAAAAGAGAAGGUUUAGAAAAAAAGAAAUAAGAGAAGAGGUUGCAAUAAUGGUGGAUUGGAUUGAGUUUUAAAGAAGAAAAAGAUGAGGAAGAGGAUGACCAUUGAAAAUUUUUUAGGGGAACAUUUUUGCAUGAUUAUAGCAAUUGGAGCUUUUGGAGAGAUAAAUUUGUGAUGACAAAAUUGAUAUUUCACUUAUCUGCUAUUAAAAAAUAAACAGUUUUCUAACAGUAACAAACAGAGGGAAAAAUAUGAAUAUUACUGGACUUUUACAGAGAUAGUAUAAGAAAGUUGAAUUUUGUAUGAAUAUAUUUAUAAUUCGCUAUAUUUAUAGGGAGUUGUAUGCAAUUAAACCUUUACUAUUUAUAUAUAUAUAUAUAUAUAUAUAUAUAUUGAAGUUCUCCCCAUUAUUUGAUUUUCGCCCUUUUGUAUAUAUGAGAUUAGCAGAGGCUGGCAAUGUGUAAUUAUGUUUCGCAGAUUUGUAAUGCUCGAUAAUCUUAUCACAAAAAAUUAAUAAAAGGACAAAAAAGGAUUUAUAUUU